AUGCUACCACGUCCGCUCCUCCCCUGUGGGAAGCGCAAGCUUUACAAGGCGUUUGGUCGUCCUGCGAUCAAAUUCUCGUACAGGAGUUGGAUCAAUCCGCCACAGCAUGUUCAUGCUUUUUCGCAGUCAGCUUUCGCGAGGCGGGACGAUGGCUCGAAAAGGGCAGUGCAAGCAACCAAGUUUGCAGAAGCACCCCCAAGUCGGUCUGACAGCACGGAAGUUGCAAAACCGGAGUCUAUACAACCGAACGAAACUCUUAAAGCCGAACCAGAGCCAACCAAGAAAGAGGCUCUUCUCUCGGAAAAAGUAGUCUCCAACAAGGAGCAACGCAAAGUUGACCUGGCUAUCAUGAAGGAGAUGGUCCAGUACCUUUGGCCCAAGGGAGACUGGGGGACCAAGUUGCGAGUUGGUACCGCAUUAGGCCUCUUGGUUGGGGCCAAGAUCCUCAACGUCAAUGUUCCCUUCUAUUUCAAGAGCAUCGUGGACUCUAUGAACAUUGAUUUUCUGGCUGUUGGCGGCACUGCCUGGACAGUAGCAGGAUCGAUGAUAGUGGCAUAUGGCGCAACUCGCAUUGGCGCUACGUUGUUUCAAGAGCUACGGAAUGCUGUCUUUGCCAGUGUGGCUCAGAAGGCCAUCCGGAAUGUGGCACGCAACGUCUUUCAGCAUCUUUUGCGACUUGAUCUGAAUUUUCAUCUGUCAAGACAGACGGGUGGCUUAACAAGGGCGCUGGAUCGCGGUACAAAGGGAAUCAGCUUCCUGCUGACGUCCAUGUUGUUCCACAUUUUCCCGACCGUGCUGGAGAUUUCCUUGGUUUGUGGCAUCUUAACAUAUCAGUACGGAGCUCAGUUCGCUGCGAUCACAGCAGCUACGAUGGUUGCGUAUUCAGCCUUUACUAUUACUACGACCUCGUGGAGAACCAAAUUUCGCAAGCAAGCAAACGCAGCUGACAAUCAAGGAGCUACGGUGGCUGUCGAUACGCUGAUCAACUACGAGGCGGUCAAAUACUUCAACAAUGAGAAAUUCGAGGUCAAUAGAUAUGAUGCCGCUUUGAAGAAGUACGAGGAUGCUUCAAUUAAGGUCACAACGUCGUUGGCAUUUUUAAACACCGGUCAGAAUGUGAUCUUCUCGGGCGCUCUAGCAGCCAUGAUGUAUAUGGCGGCGAAUGGGGUAGCAAGUGGCUCAUUGACGGUCGGAGACUUGGUCAUGGUCAAUCAACUUGUUUUUCAACUGUCAGUACCGCUGAACUUCUUGGGUUCAGUGUAUCGAGAACUUCGCCAGUCCCUCCUCGAUAUGGAGACGUUGUUCAACUUGCAAAAAGUCAAUGUGACCGUCAAAGAGGUUGCGAAUCCGAGGCCGCUAGCCUUGACAAAGGGCGGCGAGAUCAGGUUCGAAAAUGUUACAUUCGGCUACCACGCUGAUCGACAGAUCCUCCGAAAUCUGAGCAUGACGAUACCUUCGGGCAAGAAGGUUGCCAUAGUCGGACCCAGUGGAUGCGGGAAAUCGACAAUCCUUCGACUGCUGUUCCGAUUCUAUGAUGCCGACUCUGGUAAGAUCUUGAUUGAUGGACAAAAUAUCAGGGAUGUGAGCCUUGAUAGCUUGCGACGGAGUAUCGGUGUGGUCCCACAAGAUACACCGCUAUUCAACAACACAAUCGAGCACAACAUCAGGUAUGGUAAUAUUGAUGCACCCUUGGAUGAAGUCAAGAGUGCCGCGAAGCGAGCGCAUAUUUUCGACCUCAUUGAGCGCCUGCCAGCUGGGUGGAAUACUAUGGUCGGCGAACGGGGCAUGAUGAUCUCUGGCGGGGAGAAGCAGCGGCUUGCUGUUGCGCGACUGAUUCUGAAAGAUCCUCCUCUCCUGUUCUUCGACGAAGCAACGUCGGCGCUAGAUACUUAUACGGAACAGACACUGUUGCAGAACAUUAACAGUAUUCUGAGGGAGAAGAGUCGGACUAGCGUCUUUGUCGCGCAUCGACUCCGCACCAUCUUUGACAGCGACAUCAUCUUCGUCCUCAAAGAAGGCCAAGUGGUUGAACAAGGCACCCACGCCGAGCUGUUGGCACGCAAGGGGCUAUAUGCCGAUCUCUGGGCAGCACAGGAAGUUUCAAUCGGACAAGACAUGACCCUUGAACGAAACUUGGAAGAACAGCGUCAGAGCGACGAAAAGGAGACCCGAUCUUGA